AAAUUGCAGCUAGUCUACGAGCAGGGAGAGGGAGCAUGCAGUGAGGCAAGAGCACUGGAGAAGAGGAGUUCAUGAAUCUUAUUUAGUUACCUAUGAAAUAUGGUACUUGUGUUGGUGAAUACUGUUUAUAUAUUAAGUUAAGUGGAACGAUAUAGGAUAUUGGACGUAUAUAAAAUUGAAGAGAAAAACGGUGUCUUGAAACGAGAGAAAAACAUUGCAACGCAUAUGGACAAACAAGUGUACAACUGAGGUAUCUUACAUGCCUGAAUGGAAGAUGUGAAUUUACAGUAUGUGUAAAUAUAGUCAUCGCGCCGGAGCUGCUGGGCAAAACUGACAUCAGCCCGAAAGCAGAAGGAGGGACAUAGGCCAUGGACGUCAUCGCUAAACUGCCGGCCCCCCUAGGAUGGGUAGUGGGACACGCCCCCCUCUCCAAAAAGGCCUUGGAGAAAAGGUCGUGGUUGUCGCCGUGGAUUCUGGUGAAGGCCCUGGACAGCAUCCUGAGAGGCAUAGCGCAGGUGUGCUUCGCCGACAACCCUCUCUCCGGGCUGCUCAUCCUGCUCGGCCUCUUCGUCGGUGACGUCAUGGCGGGUCUCGGCGCGCUCGUGUGUUCUCUGGUGGCAGUCAUCGUCGCCUUGGCCUUCCAAGAGCCAGCCGGAGCCAUUGCCUCUGGACUCACCAAUUACAGCGCCGUUUUAGUGGGUACGGUAACAGCCUCGUUAUACCCUGUGUUCUUCCACCUGCCCCUGACCUUACCCGUUUGGGGCUUUAUGCUGCUUGCGACCGUCUUCAGUGUGUGCAUAGGGUCGGGCCUUGGCUCCAUUCUGUCGCCAUUCAAACUGCCAUACUUCACCCUGCCCUUCAACAUUGCAACUUCCAUCGCCUUCAUGUGCAUGCGCGCGCACGGCUUGGCGGGGCUUCCGGAGGAGGCCAGCGGGCAGGUGGACGUGUCGGAGGCGGUUCAGUGGAUACAGGUGCUCCGCGGGUCUCUGCUCUCCGUCGGGCAGGUGUACGCCGUGGAGACCGUAACGGGGUCCUGCCUCAUCAUAGCGGGGCUCUUCCUGUGUUCGCCGCUUCUGACUGUGAUUUCAGUGGCCGGGGGCUUCUUUGCCUCUUGCACGGCCGUCUUGGUGUCCUCGGCUCCGUACUCCAUGAUCUACGCCGGCGUGUGGGGCUACAACGGCUUCCUGUCAGCCGGGUGCCUCUUCUUCUUCAUGGUGCCAUCCCGCAGGCUCUUCAUCCUGGCUGUGGUUAAUGCCAUCUUCACCACGUUCCUGCAGGCUGCCAUUGCACCGGUCUUCGCUGUGAGUCAGUUGCCGGUGUUUACGUUCCCGUUCUGCAUGAGUUCCCUAAUAUUCCUGGCCAUGGCGAGCAACGGGGGGAUGGACAGCGAGAGGGUCACCAGUCUGACCUUCCCAGAGCAACAUUAUAUACUCCAUCUCAAGGAAUCAAACAUAGAAGACAUUUCCAAGAUGGACAACCCUUAAAAACAACGCUUAAGUGGAGGGAAUGUGUGUGUGUGUGUGUGUGUGUGUGUGUGUGUGUGUGUGUGUGUGUGUGUGUGUGUGUGUGUGUGUGUGUGUGUGUCUGUGUCUGCGUGCGUGGGUACAUCUGUGUCCUCUAGUUUGUUUCUCUUCGCCGUUUACUCUGAAGACCUGGGCUGUCCUCCGAAGCCUCUGGAAUGGAAACUAGUCACAAUGGAAUCCCAUCAUCAUCAAACAGCCAAAAUCAACAAGAAUGCAUACGCAUACACCAAAAGCUUUAUGAAAUGUGUGUGUGUGUGUGUGUGUGUGUGUGUGUGUGUGUGUGUGUGUGUGUGUGUGUGUGUGUGUGUGUGUGUGUGUGUGUGUGUGAACUUUUACUGCACCAAGUUUAAACUUAGCAUUGUUAUAUAUCAACAUCAACCAAAUUAUACUUUUGAAUAAAAACACUCCUGUUAUU